AUGUCGUUCGAGAAACUGCAAAAGGAAUUGCACGAAGCUAUCGAAGGAGUAAACCGAUACAAUCCGGAAAAUGUUGCCGACUUGGCUGCCUGCGUUCAAGCUAUGGUCAAUGAAAACAAGUACGAUAAAGAUAUCGUUUUGACCAUUCUCAAGCUCUACCAGCUUAACCCGGAGAAGUACGACGAGGCUGUUGUUCGACAAGUUUUGCUCAAGACGUUGAUGGUUUUGCCAUCGAGUGAUUUCGCUCUCGCCAAGUGUCUCAUCGACACCAACAGACUCGGAUCUCAAGAACUUCGCAGAAUCUUUGAUCUUGGAGCUGUGCUCGAAUCUUGCAACUUCGCUGUUUUCUGGAAAUUGGUGAAGGGGGCGUAUAAACCAACAACGAACCCAAAUGAACCCUUCAAAGUUCCUGGCGAAGUCCCAAAAAUGAUCAAGCCAAUGGUCGGAUUCGAGGAUGCUGUCAAGCACUAUGCUUGUCGCGUCAUCAGUGUUACGUUCCAAAAAAUCGAAAAGAAAAUGUUGAGCCGUCUUCUCGGCGGAGCCAGUGACAAGGAAGUUACCGCACUGGCACAAUCAUUCGGAUGGGAAGCCAAGGAAAAUGGAGAUGUUUUCUUUGUUGCAAAUCACGAAGGAACUAUCAAAACAAGAAAUAUCGACGAGAAAAUUCAAUUCCCACAUGUCGCCGAUCUUCUGACCAGCAUUCAACCCCCGUUGACUCUUUAAUAUCAAUUAUCACUGUCAUUCAAAUUAUAAUACCCUUGUUUCUGUUGUUCGGUUUUCCCCCGUUUCUAUUCCCUUUCCUAUUUAUAUUUCCUUUAUGUUUUCAUGAACUUUAUUCAAU